UGAACAUCCUGCACGCAAUUUCUCAAUUCACAAUUUGUUCGCUUUUGUAUAUAAAGAUUAUCUAAUUUAAGUUUCGCUGAUUUGUCGAAUAGUGUAUCCGAAUCUAACUAUGUUGAGACCGCUGAUUGUUGGCGUUCUUCUUUGCGCAAUAACGCUGCUUUCCAUGACUGCAGCACUUCCUCAAGGAGGAGGAGGAGAAGCAGGAGCUGGAGCUGGUUUCUCAUUCGGUGGGGGAGCAGGAGCUGGAGGCGGAGGAGGAGGAGAAGGAGGAGCAGGUGCAGGAGGAGAAGCUGGUUUUGGAUUUGGCAUGAAUGCAGGAGCAGGAGGUGGAGCUGGAGCUGGUGGAGGUCGAUGAAGAUGCAUGAAUUGGUUCGAAAUUCACUGGAUACUGUGAAAUGGCUUAAAAUUCCAUUUGUAUCAAAAUUUCAUAUCCAAUGCAAGUCAUAAUAAGUGAUGACUCUAUUAAAUUAAAACUAAACACUCAAAAUCAUUUAUCUCUUUUAUUAUUUCAGAUCAGUUUUUUGCUACAGUGUAAAAUCAGAAAAUUAUUUUAGGUAACUUGUAAUAAAUACGUACAUUUUUCGAAA